AUGCCUAUGUCACUGUGUUGCCCCCUUGUCGUGUCUUCCGCAGCGACGAUUGUGAUUAUUGAGAAAGUGACGACUCCUCGGAAGGUAGAAACUCGUGGAAGACAGAUUGUGGAAGGGCAAGAGCCGGAAGUACUGAUACAGCAUUACCGUGGACAGAACCCACAGCUUGAGGAGAAAGUAUUGGGAUCCCCUGAUGCUCCUUUCCUCCUUCAUGUGGUGAAUAUAGGCGACAGUCGGGCAGUCUUAGCGACUCCGGAUGAGUACUACGAGAUGACGAAAGAUCACAGUCCCAAUGAUGACAACGAAAGAAAGCGCAUUGAGGAAGCCGGUUCAACUGUGACCAGCGUCCGAGGGGUUUUUCGGAUCGACGGCGUUAUCACUUUGAGCAGAGCGCUCGGCGACUUUGAUUUCAAGCAGCCCAGUGCCAAUGGUGCUACAGCGAUGGUUUCUAUACCGGAUAUCCGGUACUUCUAUGCAACUUACAACGACGUGAUUGUCCUGUUUUGCGACGGAGUAACGGAGCCGGCAACAGUAGACUGGAGUACUGUCGCGCAGACUGCUCGGACAGUCCUCUCCCAGACACGAGACGUUGUCCAGACGGCUACAAGCGUCGCCCAUUUGGCGUAUAACGAAGGAUCAGAAGACAACAUCAGUGUCAUCGUUACGCAAUUGCUGCCCCAACCUCAAGAUGCGGCUGCAAAGCUCCUAGCCCAGGCGUGGCAGGGGGAAACACCAAAAACGCUUCUGGAGGAAGACUGUAGCAACAGGCUUGAAACAGAGAAGAACAACUUUUUUCUGCCUCUGUUUUAG